UUUGUAAUCUAUACGUCCGAUCAGAUAUGUAAUCAUGUAAUCAGAUCAGUGCAUGUAAUAUAACCCUGCGUCCUGUCAACAUGAAGGCUGGAAGUAUUGCGGCAGUUAUCCUUUCUCUCUUUGUUGCUGGAACGGCAGCAGAAAUAUGCUACGGGGCAACUGAGCACAUCUACUGCUCGUUUGGAUGCUGCUCUGACACAUUAUAUGUGUACUGUUGUCUCAGUAAUGGAGGUGGAGCCGGCAUUAUCGUGGUCAUCUUGAUUUUCUUCGUUUGUGCAGUGGCCUUCUGCAUACGACGAAGAAUGACCAACGUGAGAUUCACAGGAACAGUGAUAUCGCAGCCCGGAGUUAGCGUUGUGCAAUGCACCACAGCUUCAGGUCAAUCAAACCUAGGCUAUGGGGAACAACCACCACCGUAUUCCUUGGCACCCAAAAUUUAAUAAUCUGACCAUAUGCAUACCAGGAACCAACAGCAUCUGAUAUAAUCCCGUGACAAAAAUUUAAACUUUUUUCAAGACACACGAUGUCAGCUAUGGAUGAUUAUUUUAUAAUGUCGGCCCAGGGCCCACUUGCACAAAGCAAUCUUAGCGCUAAGAUGAUCUUAACUCCCAUACUUUAACAUAGGCUUACAAUAGUCGUAGCGCUAAGAUCGUUUUGUGCAAGUGGGCCCUGGUUACAAAUCAAGGUGAUAUGAUUGAGAUAUAUUUUCGCUGGAAACAUUUCUCCGCAAAACGUCGAUUUCAUUGCAAGUUUUGAUAAGACUACUUUGCAGUAGAAAUUAGGAUUACUGAAAAAAUGUGCGUUCAGAAUUAUUUGGAUACAGAACAUUAUUAUUGCACUUAGAGAUUAUUGCACUUAAUUAGCGACGCGCUUGUACGUGUGUG